AUGAGAAGCCCGACCGAGCCGUUGUGCAGGGAGCUGCAGACUGCGGCGGGGGAGCUGCGCGAGGGAGCUGCGGAGGAGCUUUGCGAGGGUGGAGCUGUCGGGAGCUGCACGGUAGCGGCGCCUGGAAAUUUUUUAACAAGCAGUAUCCCUGCUAGUUUGGGUGGUAUGCUAAAUCUUCGGAUGCUGAAUUUGGAAAACAAUCGUUUGGAUGGAAUGAUUCCUGGCAACCUUGGCAACCUAACACAGAUGUCCAUACUCAAUAUUGCAAAUAAUCGUUUGAAUGGUAGGAUCCCUAAUGAGCUGGGUAAUAUGACACAACUUAGGUCUUUCCGCAUCCAAAAGAAUAACAUACAAGGGCUUCUUCCGCUUUCUUUCAGAAAACUUACACAGUUACAAGUGCUUGAUGUUGGAGAAAACAAAUUGGCAGGGCCUAUUCCAGAUUGGAUUGCUAUUUUAUCGAGUUUGAAAGUUCUGGUGAUGAGAUAUAACAAAUUCAAGGGCAAACUUCCUCUGCAGAUCGGUGAAAUGCCUCUGAUUCAGAUUAUAGACCUUUCUUCAAAUCUGUUGUGUGGUGAAAUCCCGGAAAGCUACUUCAAUUUUUCAGCCAUGAACAGUGUGCAGCAAAAGUACUUCAAGUUUCUGGGGGAAGACAGUUCAAGCUACUAUAUAGAUAACUUAAAUAUGAUUAUCAAGGGCAAAGAGAGGGAGUUUACAUACAUUCUUUCUAGCUUCACAUGCAUUGAUUUGUCACAUAACAGAUUCAGGGGCCAUCUUCCACCUGUAAUUGGAAAUCUUGAAGGCUUGAUGUUUCUCAAUCUCUCCAUGAACACUCUAAGUGGACCGACUCCAGAGACCCUGGGAAAUUUAGGGCAGUUGGAAUCCCUGGACCUUUCUUUGAACUUUUUUCAGGACAAAUUCCAUUCCAGAUUGGUCUUUUAG